AUGGAUGUUGUGCUAAUAGCUAAUGAAGCAGUAGAUUCCAGGUUUAAGCAGAUGAAACCUGGAAUCCUUUGCAAGUUAGAUAUUGAAAAAACAUAUGAUCAUGUAAACUGGAGGUACUUACUCCAGGUUAUGGAGAUGAUGGGUUUUGGACAGAAAUGGAUCCAAUGGAUCAAAUUCUGCAUAUCAACUGCUAGUUUCUCAGUUCUGAUUAAUGGUUCCCCAGCAGGUUGUUUUAAAGCACAAAGAGGUCUCAGGCAAGGUGACCCUUUGUCACCUUUCCUAUUUUUGAUUGCAAUGGAAGGUCUAAACAAUAUAAUCAAGACAACAAAGGUGAAUGGGUGGAUAAAUGGUUUUGAGGUGGCUAGAGCUGGUAAUGAAAGUCUGGAGGUGACACACCUCCAAUAUGCAGAUGACACACUGAUCUUUUGUGAUGCUGAAGAGGAGCGACUAAGGUUUUUAAGGAUGAUACUAGUCCUAUUUGAAGGAAUCUAUGGGCUGCACAUUAAUUGGAGGAAGAGUUUUUUGUAUCCUAUCAAUGAAGUCCCAAACAUGAACUUGUUGGCUGCAAAUCUAGGUGGUUAA